UGUACUCUUGAGGGUUCCAGCAUGGGAUCCCACACAGCUGAUGCUCACACCGAGCCAGACCCUUACUCACAGAAGCUGCUCAGCGCCCUGCCUAUGUCCCCGCGACUUCGCACGCGGCCCUGGUGGUUCCCAAUUGAGGAACUCAGCAAUCCUAUGGUGUUCAACAUGGAAGCCUCGGUGGCAGAAAGGAUCAUUGGCCAAGAUCAAGCCGAAAUGUCAGAAAUAGAGUGGAUGACCCAGGCCUUAAUAAGUGUGGACCCGGACAACUCUGGGAACCUAGCUGAAAUCACCAUCUGUGGACGACCCAGUGCACAGACUCGAAUGAAAAAUAUUCUCUUGCACAUGGAGGCCUGGCAAAAAGAAACGGAAGCCCGAAGAGCUAAGAAGAUAAAACAAGUUGAAGAGUUAUUGAAAACUCCUGCCUCCUCCAUCAUAAGCAACUCAAGUGUCAAAGGGCAAACUGAGCUCAAGCUGCCUGGCAGCCUGCUUCUGCUGGAGUGAAGAGAAACAUGGAUGGAUUCUUAAAUCACUACAUUUGUUUUCUAACCUGCCUUCCUGAGCGCCUUCUGUUUAUUUUUCUUUGCGAAUAGCAAUUUGUAGAACUAUUCAAUAUAAAAACAUUUUUUUUUUUUGGCAUGCUGUUGGUUUCCUCAUAGACAGUAAAAUUUAUAAACAUUGACUAUUCGGUUGUCGUAGGGGGACUGUGUAGGUUGUAUUCCCACAGUUUUUGACACUUCAGUCUGGGCCUCAAGAAUGGCACAGUUGACUUAUAAAUGUUUAGGAUGGUGGUAAUAUGUUUGCUGGGCUGAGCACUAACUCCUGUGUCAAGCAAAUUAUUUUGCUUUAAGUUACCCAGUAGUGGGAAAAGGGCAUC